CCCUUCGCCUCCAGAACUCAGAGCGAGAUCGACUCGAGCUAAACUCUAGCUUUCACCUCAAGAAGCGAAGGAGACACUCUACUCCGCCAUCGACAAGAGAUCAACUCGAUCAAGGAAAACGAAGAUUUACUCCCCCGCUGAAGGAAGAAUCUUUUUUUUUUAAUGCCCUUCAAGAUGCCCGCUGUGAAGAAAAUGAUUUUGCUGCCGUUUGUGUGCGCCAUCUUCUGGACCUUGGCUGCCGGUCAGGAGUGCAGCGGCCAGUGCUCUUGCCCCUCCACGCCUCCCGAGUGUGCCCCCGGCGUGAGCCUGGUGCCCGACGGCUGCGGCUGCUGCCGGGUGUGUGCCAAGCAGAUGGGAGAGCUGUGCACCGAGAGGGACCCCUGCGACACCCACAAGGGCCUCUACUGUGACUUUGGCUCGCCCAUCAACAGACGAAUCGGAGUGUGCACAGCGCGAGAGGGCGCCACCUGCGUGUUCGGAGGAAUGGUGUACAAGAGCGGCGAGAGCUUCCAGAGCAGCUGCAAGUACCAGUGCACCUGCCUGGAUGGGGCGGUGGGCUGCGUGCCCCUGUGCUCCAUGGACGUGCGUUUGCCCAGCCCCGACUGCCCUGCGCCCCGACGCGUCAAGGUGCCCGGCAAGUGCUGCGAGGAGUGGGUGUGCGACGCCCCGCAACACACAAACAGCUUCAUGGGCUCAGUCUUACCCGCUUACCGCCAAGAGGAGACCUAUGGCCCCGAUCCGUCCAUGAUGCGAGAGAACUGCUUGGUGCAGACCACCGAGUGGAGCGCCUGCUCCAAAACGUGCGGGCUGGGCGUCUCCACCCGGGUCACCAACGACAACCGCGAGUGCCGCCUUGAGAAGCAGAGCCGCCUGUGCAUGGUGCGCCCCUGCGAGUCCCAUCUGGAGCAGAGCAUCCGGAAAGGGAAAAAGUGCAUCCGCACGCCUCGCCUGUCCAAGCCCAUGAAGUUCGAGAUCUCAGGCUGCACCACCACCAAGUCGUACCGCCCCAAGUUCUGCGGCGUGUGCCUGGACGGCCGCUGCUGCACCCCGCACAGAACCACCACGCUGCCCAUGGAGUUCAAGUGCCCCGACGGGCAGGUGAUGAAGAAGCACAUGAUGUUCAUCAAAUCGUGCGCCUGCCACCACAAUUGCCCCGGCGAAAACGACAUCUUCGAGUCUGUUUACUACAAGAAGAUGAUGGGCGACAUGGCGUAAAGGAAGGGCCGACGGCUGCUUUGUCACUUGAAAACAGAACUCAUCUCGCAGCUCCCGUCCGAAUAUACACAAGCCUCCUUUUUUGUGCUUGCUUUUGUCAGACUAGCCACACGCGCACUGCGUGUGUCGCAUCUAUUUGUGCGUUGCGGCUCUGUGCACUUUUCAGACAGAGGGAGAGAUUCCUGCACUAAUAAUAUUGUGGACAACAUGCCCCGUCCUUUUUUUUUUUUUUUGAACGUCAAAAUCUUGACCUGCCCUCUUAAUGGGGUGUAUAAUGCCCCCCCCCCCCCCUACCGAGACGGGCAAAUGCAUCGCAACCACAGCGGGCCACUGCUCCUCUUUGUGUGUCCAUGUAUGAAUGUAUCUGUGUGUGUGUGUAUGUGAGCAGAGGCCUCAACAUGGGUCUUGUGUAAAGGUCAGCGUUUCCGUCCGGACACAAGUGGGCGUAAGCGACCACGGCACUGAGAUCUAAGAAAGAUGACUAGAAGAAGAGGAAGAAGAAGACUGGAAGGAUUUUGAGUUCAUUCCGAGCAGAAACGUGUAAAUGGUGUAUAUAUUUGUACAGUGUAAGUUAAUUUAAAAGCCGUCAUUGUUCUGUGCUUUUUUUUGUUUUGUUUUGUUUUUUUUUUCCAAAAUGUAUCAAUAGUUUUCAUUUGGAUGACAGUAUUUUGUACUAUUUUAUUGAACAGUGUGACAGGUUGUUACAUGUGUCGCUUUGUAGCUGGAAAUAAAAACGUUAUAUUUUUUUA